GCGUUCCGGCCGAAUGUGGGAGCAGCACUCGCGUCAAACUUGUGGCAUAGAUGGCCUUCUUUAGCAACGCCUCCUUACCUAGGAGGCGUUGCUCACGCCAACCUUCAAGGUCGCCAUGUCUGCCAACAAUCGCCAAACUUGUUGCACGGCCUCUUUAAUUAUCUGCGCGCACAGGUAGAGUGACAAAAUGCUGAGGCAGUGAUAUGGACGUGGCGUAAUCAGCUCUCGCUUACGGAGGCGAAACGCACUCGGUACGGCUAUAGAUUAGGACUCCCGCGCGAACAUAAAAGCGGCAUUUGUGAUCGUGACUGGAUUGUGCUUGUGGGAUCAACCUUCAACGAAGAACGAAGACUCCCAAGGUAACUUAUCCCUGGCCACUACAUCAUGAACCAGGAAGAACUUGCGGAAAAGUACAGGAGUCAGUUUGUGCCUGAAGACUAUCCCGAGGCUUUGGAGACGAUUCCUUCAGCCUACACCUUCUACCAAAAAGAGCUGCACACCAUAUUCAGCUCCCCAUCGCUCCAUGGACGAAAGCUUCUGGACGUCGGUUGUGGCCCUACAGUUCACAACGUCUUCCCGGCUACGAAAAAGAUAGAAGACAUUGUGCUCAGCGAUUUUCUGCCUCAGAACAAACUCGCAGUCGAGAAAUGGAUCCAGAAGUCUCCGGAUGCAAUAAACUGGUAUUUUCAAAGCGAACCUUUGGCCAUCCUCGAAGGAUUCACAGACGUAAAGUGUGGAGCGAGGGAGAUCGAAGAAAGGACACGAAUGGCCAUCAGGAAGGUUGUUUUCUGCAAUGUCCUGGAUCCUCAGGUGCUACCUGAAGAGCACAACGAACCAUUCGACGUGGUCCUCACCUCCCUCUGUCUCGAGAGCGCCUGCCUGGAUGAGGGAACGUAUAAGAAAGCUGUUCAAAACCUUGCUAAUCUAGUCACACAGCGAGGGUAUCUGAUCAUGUGUGGCAUUUGCGGAUCUGAUAAGUAUUUGGUAAAGGGGGUCACCUUUCCCGUCUUUCCCGUAUCCGUGGAUCUAGCGAAAGAGGCGAUCACUCGCUGUGGAUUAGAGAUAGAGCGUUGCAGCGUCAUUGAGCAAGGCGCGUCACAAGCUAAGGACACGUGUUAUUGGACGCAGGCGUUUGUCAUUUUAGCUCAGAAGUUUUAAAGGGGCGAUGGAACGAUCUUUAUCCUUUGAGUUAAUGCCGCUUAAAACAAAUCCCUGACGUUAAUUACCAAUGAAACACGUGUACGUUUUUCACCACAGGCAAUAGAAGUCGCAGAAAAAAAUUAAACAAAAAUUAAAGACGUU